UGCGGUGUUCGCUUGUGUACAGAAAUUACGGUACACUUUACGGCAGCAACUGUUUUUCUUUCCAGAAGCUGUUGCAAACACGUUUCUUGCAUUUGAGCCACUCUGCGUGCAAGAACAAGGGAGAGAGAAAAAUAUCAGGUCAUCAUGUCUGCGCUCAUCAGAAGAAUCAUCAACACUACAUCCGCCCCGGCUGCCAUCGGCCCUUACAGCCAGUCGGUGGUUGUGGACAGAACAAUGUACAUCUCGGGUCAGCUGGGGAUGGACGUGGCCUCAGGUCAGCUGGUAGAUGGAGGAGUGCAGGCCCAGACCAAACAGGCUCUCGUCAAUAUGGGCGAGAUCCUCAAAGCGGCCAACUGCGACUACACCAACGUGGUGAAGACGACGGUGCUACUUGCUGAUAUCAACGACUUUAACAGCGUUAAUGAGGUCUACAAAACAUUUUUCACCAGUAACUUCCCUGCCAGAGCUGCUUACCAAGUUGCUGCUCUCCCCAGAGGUGGACUGGUGGAAAUUGAGGCAGUCGCUGUUCUUGGUCCGCUCUCAGACUCCUGACUAGCCGGUCGUGUCACAAACAAAUUGUAGUCUCAUAACCCUCAAGUGACCUUUUAGCAUACAUUAGUUCCUCCACUUGGUUACUUCAUACCUGACAUACUUUCAUGAAACACAACAUAAUAACUAAAUAAAGAUUACAUCUCUACAACCAAUAAAACAUUCCCUGCUGCCAAACUCGGCUACUCUUUGUGCUGUGUCUGGUUUGGUAUCUUGUUUUCUGUUUCAUGCAGCUCUGAACAAUAAUAAUAAUAAAAAAGAAGUA